AUGAGAAAAACACAUUCGGGUGCUGUAACUCCUGUUUUAUUACGAGGAUCGGCCAUCGACUCGGCCAGCAGCCAAUUGUCUGAUAAUCUUGGUGAAGAUCCCGCGAAUGACUUAGAAAAUGAAAAAAGACAUCUGGCUGAUACAAUCAAAAAAUGGAUGAGAACAUUUUUGAGUAGCAUUAAUAAACUUGACAACAACAUUAAUUCAAUUUAUAAUAGUUCUGACGACUCGUUUGUGACUCUAUCACUCUCAUGUGAGGAUUCUAAUGAUGAAGGCAUGAGAUGGGAAGCCAUUAUUUGGUGUGAUGACUGCCAAGGUCAAAUUCGAAUAUCCAAAAGGGUGAGAGCAAAUCGCCAGUCACAAAAUUGGAUUCUAUCGAAUUAUUAUAAACAUUCCAGAAGUCACUACAUAGAAAAUGAGAAAGAAAAUAAGGUGAUGAACAAAAAUAACACAAUCAAUAAAUAUUUCCAGAAAUCUGUGCUGUCGAACGCUACUGACAAUGUUGAUAGCGAGGAUAGGGUUUUGAAUGAGGCAUUGGUGUUCACCGAGGAUUUUACGAUGCAGGAAACAUAUGAGGCAGAUGUUUCCUUGAGUGUCCAGAACGGCUCGUUAUCUGAAAAUUCCAGUAGUACCAGCAGCAGAUGGAAAAAUCAAAAAUAUUCCAGAUCUGGUAGGAGGAAACGUAUGCGAGAAGCGCAGAAAGACAACUGUCUAAAACUCACUGAUUUCUUUGAAGUAGUACCAAGAAUCAAAGAAAUUGUGAAUAACGAUGAUGUAGAAUUGGCGAGUUCAUUGCCUUCGAUAACCACUAUACAAAGGAACAUAUUCACUCAAGAAGAUAGUUUUAUAGAAGGUCAAGUGAGAUUUGAUAAGUUGAAAGAUUUCUUAGAAAAACGCGAGGAAAAACGGAACUAUCCGAAGAACAUUUGGAUAAGUGAAGACCAAACUGGCAUAACCGGACGUAUCCAGUAUGAUAGUGAAACUAAUAAUAUAGUUGGUUUUGUUUUGCCCUUGAGAGAUGGUCUUCCUAUUACAAAUUAUUUUCAAGCCAAAACUGCCAGUGAGAUAGAAUUAAUAUUUCUAACACAGACCAAAAGUAACUACCUUCUGAUGAUAAUGGCUCAGCCUCUUGUUCCAAAUGCUCCUGCCUUUUCUCUGUGUGCAUUUGGGUCGAACAAUAAAUUUACACAUAAAGAUGUUCAACGACGUUGGCAAAUUCUAGAGCAGUUGGCUGCAGAGAAUGGUAUCAAGAUAAUAGGUUUCAGUUCUGAUGGUGACUCUCGAUUACUAAAAACAAUGAGAAUAAAAUCCCAGCUACCCUAUACUAAGACUGAAAACCAAGAUCGAAACCAAGAUAAAACGCCUUCUGACGUUACAGAUCCCGAUUGGUUUCAAGCCAAUUUACAUAAUGAAGGAUCCUUCUGCGUACAAGAUACUGUACAUACUGGAACUAGGCUUAGAACAAGGUUUCUUAAACCAUCUAUAAUGCUGCCAAUUGGAAAGUACAUAAUAUCACCAACAUAUCUGACGUCACUAAUGAAUAUGGUCACAAAAGACAAACAUCUUUUAUGUCCGAGCGACCUCAAAGGCGACGAUAAAAUGAAUUAUGAUUCGGUGGAGAGAAUCUGUGCCCCUCAGGUGCUGGAGUUAUCUGAGAAACUCCCAGAUAGUAAAGGGACGGCAGCAUACUUGAAAAUUGUACGAUACGUCCUUGAUUCUUUCCUGUCAAAAGAUUUAACUCCUCUCGAGAGAGUAGAAAAGAUAUGGUAUGCAGUUUUCGCUUUGCGUAUUUGGAGAUAUUGGAUCAAGAUUAUGAAGUAUAGCGUGGUGGACAACUUCAUACCAUUGAGUACUUACAUCAGUAUAGAACUGAAUGCUCAUGCUCUAAUUCUGGUCAUCAAAAAAAUGUAUAACGACAAUCCAAAAAACGAUAUAAUUUAUCCAAGGGAAAACAAUAGACGACUAGGGACAAAAGAAUUACUGGACAAAUCUCAACAACCCGAUAAUAUUUUGCCUUCAUGGAUUCAAAUAAUGGAAACGGUUACCAGAACACAAAAACAAGUGGAAAAUGACAUGAGGGAUCUGGGAAUAGAUAUUGAAACUAACGAAUGGGUAUCAAUGGAUGUAGAGACUUUGAAUUAUUCUAAUUUAGAUGAAGGAAUCGAAAUAGAAAGAGGACAUGUUUCGAUAUCGGAGUGCAACCCACAACAUUCUGAAAAUAAUAAAAAAAUGAGCUCUGAUAGACUUCAGAAAGUGAAGUUUUUGGUGGAACCUAAGCAGGAUAUUGUUAAUAAUACACGUGAAUCAGAACAAUUAGUAGAAGAAAAGGAAUCAUUGAAAAUUGGUGAAUGGGUAAUAUUUUCCAUCAACUCUAAACUCGAUAAAACAAGGGAUAAAACUGUUAGUGAACCUUUGAGCUUCCUGAAAGUAGGGAAAAUAUUGAGCUUCAAAUAUCUGAAUAAGAAAACAAAAAAGCAGCAGGAAUAUUCAUUAGACUCAGCACCAGUACUUUCCAGAACUGACCCUAAUGUUGGAGUACUAUGCCAAUGGUUCUUACUGAAUCAAGAAGGGGAAAUGACGCUCGACGAUUGGCUUUCAAUUAUUUCAUAA